GCUGCUGGUUCCAGAGAUCCGUGUGCGUUUCUCACGUCCGGCUGGGUAUAAAUAGACCACACGCCAGCGAAUCUCCCAUCGUCAAGCUUUUGAUUGUGAGACAUCUCAGCCGUUAUCAUGAGUCCUCAAGUGUGGUUAAUCACCGGUGCCUCCUCCGGCUUUGGUAAGAUCGUCACCGAACUCGUUCUCUCCCAUGGGGGGAACGUCGUUGGCGCCUCGAUCGGUUCAUCCGCUAUCUCCGAUCUAGUGGAGAAAUACACCGCCGUUCGACUGAUCAACCUCGAGAUCGACGUGACCAAGCCUGAACAAGUCGCCUCUGCGUUCUCAUCCGCACACGAGAAGUUCGGCCAAGUCGAUGUUGUGUUCAACAAUGCCGGCGUCGGCUUCUUGUGCGAAGCAGAGGGUAUGCCCGAGGCACUGGCGAGGAAGACGUUCGAGGUAAACUUCUGGGGAAGCACGUACGUUGCUAGGGAGGCAGUGAGGGUGUUCAGGGAGGUCAACGGACCUAAGAAAGGAGGCAAGCUGUUGCAGAUGGCGUCCAUGCUUGGCGUGGGCCGUUGGGCGGGACUGGCGUAUUACACCGCGAGUAAACAUGCCGUCGAAGGAUUUACCAAGGUACUCAUCUCAGAGCUGAACCCCGAAUGGAACAUCCAGGUCAUGCUCAUCGAGCCCGAUUUCUUCCGCACUCCCAUGGUCGCGUCCGACUUGGCCGUCAUCCAGCCUAUGCCGGCAUACGUCGGUGGUGCCGCAGACCAAUCCCGGCACAUGACAACGGCGGAAAAUAUCAAGGGCGAUCCGCAGAAGGCGAUGGAGAUGAUGUACAACGCCGCACAGCUGGACAAGCUCCCUCUGCACCUACCGAUCGGACCCGGCGCGAUUGGCAUGUUCAACCGGACGGAGCAAGAGCUGAAGACGGCCGUUGACGAAUGGGCGACGCUCGCGAACCAGACAGACUUCGACUGAAACGAGAAAUUGACGAGCGUUAUGCCCCCGUCCGUGAACGCAGCCAUAGGCAGGCGAGGGUCCAAGGCGAAAGUGACGUGUACCAGUUCAUACUCCUUCCUUAGUGGGAAUGGAAUGGAUUGAUAAUCUUCGCCGACUAUUCGUGCCAUGUGCCAAGAAUUCCAGCGCUCACAAUUGCGUGCACAUGCGGCUGUGCACACAGAAGACUAGCUGCUGAAUUUGGUUAGUGCCUCAGUCCCUGCCACCAGAAGUCCACAGCGGUUAUGCGAGCGAACCCCCCGGCUAUGGCUGGGAGAUACAGUAUAUAAAGUCUGGUCUGUGUGCUGGCAGCUUCAGCAUCCAGUUGAACUCUCCAAACCUGAAAGAUGGCACCGAAAGUCUGGCUGAUUACCGGUUCUUCCUCCGGCUUCGGACGUAUCAUGACAGAGCUCGUGCUGGAGAAUGGCGACAUAUGCGUCGCGACCUCUAUCGAGCCCACAGCGCUGUCCGACCUGUUCCCAAAGUAUGGCAAGGAGCGCCUUCGGCUGGUGAACACGGACGUCACUCAGGUAGACGAGGUCGCACUGGCAUUCAGCGUCGCAGAACAGGCGUUCGGACACGUAGAUGUGGUAUUCAACAACGCUGGUGUGCUCCUUGCUGCUGAAGUCGAAGGGACACCUGAGGACAGGGCUAAGGACUUGUUCGACGUCAACUUCUGGGGCAACGCGAACGUGCUCAGAGAGGCGGUCAGGUUCUUCCGUGAGGUCAAUGGGCCCGAACGGGGUGGAAAGUUGAUCCAGGUCACGUCGUGUGCGGGUAUAUCCACUUGGCCGACAUUGGGUUAUUAUGCCGCGAGUAAACAUGCGAUGGAGGCUCUCGCCAGGACCAUCGUCCUUGAAGUUCAACCUGAAUGGAACAUCCAGAUAAUGCUCGUUGAGCCAGGAUUCAUGCGCACUCCGAUGCUCAACUUUGAAUUUCACAACAAGCUUGCACCUAUCCCGGCCUACGCCACCCCGGCAGCAGAACAAACCCGCGCCGACAUGGUUGGGGAGCGCAUCAAAGGCGAUCCACAAAAGGCCAUGGAACUAGUGCACAAAGUUGCCCAACGGGAAAAACUUCCCCUUCACCUGCCUAUUGGGGCCGACGCUGUUGACUUGAUUCAAGAACAGGUUGCUGAGUUGACGCGAGCACUUGAUGAAUGGGGGUCGAUUGUGAAAGACGUGGUGUUCGCGGAAUGA